GAGCAAUCCCCUUCAGCUGUUUGGGUAACAGGAAGUGACGACGAAACUGCACUAGAAUCAGGUCGGCGGAUUGUUGGAGAACACUAGCGACAUCUCAAUAAGAGUCACACAUCUGCUCAUCCUUGUCUGUCACACAGGGAGCUUGUUCUGAUCACCUGAGCCUAUUUUAUAAACGGACAGACUUCGGACCAAACAGAAGAAUUCCUUCAGGGGCACUAUUACAAAUAAAGAAACUCGACCUUAUCUUUGAGAUACUCGGCGGAGGUCCGAAAAAGCAGCGGGAUAAGGACAUUUGUCUCCGUUACAUAAGUUUGCUUGAACCAGAAAAGGAUGGAUUAUGGCGAUAAGAAGAUUGUACAAUAUUCCCCAAAAGCAAACUGAAACGUUAUAUGGGGCCACUGCUGAAAAUUGAUCCUCAUCCAGAGGAGUGGAAACCCAAAACCUGAGCCAUGGGGGAUUAUUACGAGAUCCUGGGUGUGACACAAAAUGCAUCCCAUGACGAUAUAAAGAAAGCGUACAGAAAAAAAGCACUGAAGUGGCAUCCAGACAAAAACCCAAACAAGGAACAGGCAGACAAAAUGUUCAAAGAGAUCUCAGAGGCAUAUGAAGUCCUGUCAGAUGAAAACAAACGGAGACAGUAUGAUAAAUAUGGUAAAGAAGGCCUAUCUCAUAGAGGAGGCCAUUAUGAUGAGGAUUUCAUGGGCGGAUUCACAUUCCGAAAUCCAGAUGAUGUCUUCAGGGAAUUCUUUGGAGGCCGAGAUCCAUUUGCAGAUUUUGCAGGUUUCUUUGCUGAUGACCCCUUUGAAGAUUUCUUCGGUGGGCGGCGUCACAGGGGUGUUAGCAGGAGCAGGACGACAGGUUCAUUCUUUCCUGGGUUUUCUCCAUUUGGUUCCCCCUUUUCUGGGUUUGACGCAGGUUUCACCCCGUUUGGCCCAAUGGGUGGGGGGGGCUUCACCUCGUUUUCCUCCUCCUCAUUUGGGGGUGGUGGUGGUGGUGGUGGGGGUGGUGGAAUGGGAAACUUCCGCUCUGUCUCUUCAUCCACCAAAUUUAUCAAUGGAAAGAGGAUCACCACCAAACGUAUUGUAGAGAACGGUCAAGAGAGAGUGGAGGUAGAGGAGGACGGUCAGCUCAAAUCUCUCGCAGUCAAUGGUAUUUCUGAUGACAAUGCAUUGGAGGAAAGCCGCAGACAGAAUGCCCUCACUGGCGCUGCCCCACAUAACCGUUACCUCCGAAAUGUGGCCCAGAACCCUUCAGAGGAGGAGGAGGAGGAGGACAGAGGCCUGCAGAAUCUGGGACUUGCCAGAGGGAUUUUUGACACCAGGAGAAAGAAACUAUUGCUGAAGGAAUCGGACACCAAAAAGAAGCGGAUGCCAAGAAUGGCUCCUCGGAUUGGAGUGUGGUUCUAACAAUAUUUGAAAUAUAUAUAUAUAUAUAUUUUUUUUUUAAACUGAGGAGAUAUAUAAAGACAUGCAUAUUAAAUAGUCACACAUGCUCAAAUUGUUCUUUUUAAAUAGAGUACAUAGAAAGUUUAUUUUUAAAUGUUCUGCUUUGACAUGUUGCAUUCAAAGUCAGUAUGACCCACUAAAAAGUCGCAGUCGCAUCAGCUCAUUGUAACUAUUUUCUCCAUUCUAUUUCUUUUUUUUACUGUUUUUACUGGAUAUAGGAUAAAGUUAAAAACAAACUGCAUUUAACCAACCGUAUGAUUUAAUCAUCUGGUGAUCCAUCACCAUGCAUGUAAUCUUUCAUUAUCCUGAUUUAAUGUGUAAAAAGCAAUCACAUUCUCUUUUGUACUUAAUUCAUGGUUUUAAGCAUAUUGUAGGACAUUCCCCUGCACUGUUGUGUUAUUGAAAACAGACAAAUCGAGAGAGAGCCUAAACACAUCACUCAUAGGAUAAUUAAACCCAACUGAAAUACAUUUAUUCAUGUUUUAAAACACUAAACAGACCUCUUCAUUAAUUUGUAAAAUUAUGUUUAGAUUACUCACACAUCUGUUUUCAGCACUUUGAUAUAAUUUUAAUGAAGAAAAUAAUUCAUUAUAAACAUAAAAGUGAGGCAUUUUUAAGUUUGUGUGUUUGCCGUCCAUUUGGUGCUUUAUACAUUUUGUAUUAAAUGAUGGAGCACAAACUCAGGAUUGACAUGAUAUGUAAAAGAUGCUUAAAAGCAUAACUAUAGAGGUGACAAAUAAGAGACAGGUUGAUGAGGAAACAUAGAACCGGUCGGACUAGUGCACCAAGAAUGGAAAGAGAGAAAAACAAGGGAGAAAAAGAAGGGAAAAAGAUUUUUUAAUUAUUCAUUCACCAAUGUGAAAGAACAUGUUUUCACCAGUCUGCCUUUUGAUCCAGUCUUAAGCACUGUAUCAAUAUUUCAGAGAAAACUGCAGAUAUGGUAUGUCCUUUCAGAACUGGCAGCAUGGCUUUAAUUUUACUCCGACUACUGCAUGUAUGUGUUUCGUUUUGUUUUCGAUAUAAAACAGAGAACCAAAUCUGUGGAAAAUCAUAGUUCCUAUAUUUAAAAGGGAAAUAGAAAUGAAGAGCUACAAAGACACAUUUUUAGUAAUUAAAAAGUUUCUACUCUGAUGUGUUAUAGUCAAUUUUUGCUGAUGUUUUAUCAAUAUGUAUUAUUUCUUAAUAAAAAUGUAUGCUGUUAAUUGGUAGUGGUGUGUACUGAGGCAGUUUUAAUCAAGUACUGUUAUUUUCAAAGCCAUGAAUGUCUGUUCAUGCUGUACAGCAAUAACUAAUAAAUUGUGUUACUGGGGAAAGACACAAAAUUUUUUAACCAUACUAGAAAAUGGCUUGUUUACUUACAGCUGUGAAGGUUUUUCUUUGUAAUAUUGUCAAAAAGGCUUAUUUCUGAAGCGUGUGUAUCUAGUUAUUUCUGCCUUUUUUAAACAUACACCAAUAAAGCCUGAAA